AAACAGCAAUUUAAAUUUCAGACCGUUGCAUCAAAAACUACAAUUGGAAUUUUGAAAAACUGUAAGAAUCCACAAGACACAAAAGGGAGUAUUGGGAGGUGUGUCAUAAGAAGGCUUGUAGCAAAGAGUGAAAUAUUUUUUAUAAAGUUUUUUUUUUCAUACAAGUAUUUCUAUAGGUAGAAAAUAUCAACAACAAACCACAAUAAUCAAAGAAAUCUAUCCCAAAAAAUAUAUUCGCCUAAAAAAGUGAAAUUUUUUAAGAAAAAUUAGAAGAAUAAAGUUAAAAUUUAAUUCCGACUCCUCUUGGAUCUUAUGCUAAAAAUCUUUAAUAUUCAUUAAUAACCAUUUUGUAAGUCCUGCUUUUUUACCUACACAAAAGAGCGUGCAUGACCAUACAUUCAAUCAUAGUGCCAUGUUUUUCCUGCGUGCGCAGAAAUGGAGGUAAUGUUCUGCCCGGAUAAUAAACGCUGCCCUGAUUAAGUAUGACAGCUUGCCCCGGUUAAGAACAGGGCAGAAAAUACGUAAUCAGGGCAACAUAAUCAGGAUGGGCUGGCUUAUUACUCAAAAAAAUAUUAUUUGGCACAUAUAAAAGGAACAUAAUCAGGGCAGACCAGUUUAUAUACAACAGUCUAAUAUUAUUUCUCACUUAUUAUAGAACGCACAUAAUCGGGCAAGGCCAGCUAAUGUAUGACAGUCAAAUAUUGUUCGAGACUUCUAGAACAAAUAUAAUCGGGCCGAUCGCUUUUAUAUCAUUCGUCAUCACUGGUGGCAAAGUUGUUGUUGUUCUCAAAUAAAACGAAAUUUCGUGACAAAUACUAAAUUUUAGGAUUCGCAAGUUUAAUAUCUUUUCACCAAACUUAACUCCCACAAAAAGAAUAAUUUAGGUUCCGUGAAAUUUAGUUACUUCUAAGUAUAUUAUGUUGAAAUGUAUUUACUACAAGAGCACUUUAUACUAAGAAUUACGUCUAGACUUUUUUCUUUUGCCAUGUCUAGUUUUUAAGGGUGUUCUACCUUCCAGGAAAUUUUUAAUUCACAAAAGUUCGAAGAAAAUGCCAAUCACAGCCACGCUAGUUCUAGCGGUACGCGGAUAGCGAAUUUAAUUAUGCGCAUGCGCGAAAAAUUGUUUUUUAAAUAUAGCGCCUCAGAGGCGAAAGCCCGAUUCUUGGUCAGAUUGCCUAUCCCAAAAUUGAUGCUUUUUACGGCGAUUUAACCAACAAACUAAGGAAAUGUACUAUUUUAAUUGAAGGAAGUGAGGCCAGGUUACGUAACUAAGCGAAAAAAACAUCUUACUUGCUUUUGUUUUGAAGUUACGCGGUAAAAAAACAAAACGAAAGUAAACACAAAAAAUGACCUAGCUACAUCAUUAAAUAUCUCGACAACCAAAGUUUUUUUACCAAAGAGGUUUUUACAGCAUUUAGUUCAGACCUUAAGCUCUUCAAAAAACUAUGUUUGGAAUGCAUUUCACUUUUUUCCUAAAAAUUUAAAGACUUGAAACAGACCCUGCUUUUUGAAAAAAAUAUGGCCGCCACAAACCAUGAAAACAUGUUGGCAAAACUUUGUAGAGUUUGUGGAGAAUUUUUAACUAAAAGUAAAGGUAUUGCAAAACAGAAAAUGACAUUGGAGAAGGAAUUAGAACUACUUUUUGUUCAUAUCCAGGAGGAUGUGGACAACAUUCAUCCCAAAUAUAUUUGCUUUCGGUGUUACAACACACUUAAAAAUAUUGAAAAUAGGAAUACAACAACACAGUUGAAACCUAAAAAUUGGUCUCCCCAUACAGAAGUUUGCUCUGUAUGUGAAAAUGUUCAAGGUAUGAAAAAAGGAGGCAGGCUAUCAAAAAAGAAGAAAACAGGACGACCAAGUACUUUUAAGCAGAUAUGGUCAAGAAAAGCCUUAGAGGAAAUUAGUGACAAAAAUUUAAAUGACAUUAUUCCACCCGUUGUCAGUCACCAUGGCUUAGAAAAAAAUCCACAUUACAAGUUUUGUUUGUGCAUGCUUUGUGGAAAUCUUCUGAGACAACCUUUAAUGGUUAUCACAUGUGAACAUGCAUUUUGUAAAGAAUGCAUCCUUAUAUAUCUUGAAGGAAGUUUUCAAGAUGAAAGUGAAUGCCCUAAGUGCAAACGCGAUGACAUCAUCACUCUUGUCAACCAAUCAAAUUUAAAACCAAGUUUGCACCGAAACCACAUGGUAAAUAGUUUACAAGUUGACUGUGAUAACAAAUGUGGAGAGAAAUUUACAUUGGAUAAAUUACAUGAGCUUAAAUUACACAAUAUAUCGUGCAACACAUCCACAAGUUCAAAUACAAGUGCAAAUUAUUCAAUAAGAGAUGUAUUUUUAUUGGACGAGUCAUCUCCUGUUCCAAAAGAAAUAGAGGAUGCCACCUUGCAUGUUUUAAAACAUAAAAUGAAACAAUCAACUGAUAUAAAUAACAGCAUAGAAUUUAAAAGUGGAGGACCUAGGCCCUACAUGUUUACCUCAACACCGAAACCGGUUAAAAAUAGUAAUGAAGUCUGCAAGCGGACCAUAGAAAAAAGGAACAAGUUUUUAAAAAACCAAUUACUUUUUUCUUCUGGUGGAAAUGAAAGUGGGUUCAGCGUACAAACUGGCAAAUUAGUCAAGAGUCUGAAGGAAAAUGAGAGAGUAGAAAUACUCAAGAGAGCCAAUAUAACAACAAAGAGUAUAACUCCAGAGGAAUUUGUAGCAAUGAAGGCAGACUUGAGUAUUCCCUUGUCAAAAUUAAAAACAAUGUCAAGAUGGUUAUCAACCUUUAACAUAUCCAUACCAUCACAGAGAAAACAAAGAAAAGUGGCUACGGAAUGGACUGGUGAUCAAUUGCGUUCAGAACUAGCUCCAUUCUCAUUCGAAGUUAAAGGGCACAAAGGCAAAUUUGAAAUAAGAAGUGCGGCAUGGGUUUAUGUUGAAAGCCUGGAAUCCUAAGUCAAAACAAUGUUUCACUGUCUAAGACAGUAGGUUUUUGUGUUUACUUACUCUUAGGAAAAAGAUACAUAUAGUUAAAAAAAACUUAAAAAAUAAAUAAAAAUAAAAAUUUAAGACAGAUGCAAUUCUACUUCUAUUUAGGAAUGGACUAUUAACUGAUUACCCCUUCAUGAAUAAUGAAAUACAUGUAAAAAUAGGAGGAGAUCAUGGCGGUGGUUCAUUCAAGCUUUCAUUUCAAAUAUGUAACACAAAGAAUCCAAAC